CCCCCACAAUGUUAAUGGCUGUAAUGUUGCGACGCGUGGAUAACGUGUAUAGACUUGCAUUCCGUUUUGUUUUUUAAUAUGAAAGCAGUGGUAUAAGAGUGCGUCUUUCAGAAUUUUUUAAGUCUCAUUCAAACUGAGAAAUGUUAUCGACUAGAGAACAGGAAUUAAUUAUCAAGAAAUGCCAAGAAGCCUAAUAAAACGUAGCGCACAUAGUGCGUUGCAAACGAUUGGCUGUACUAUUGUAAUUCGCAGUUUUGUAAUUUACGGUAACCAGAAACGGAGUUGUGACAGUAGAAUGUUAUUUAGGUAUAACUAGUAAUUAUUGUAGUGUUCUUGCCUGCGUUGCUUACCCAAAUUCGUGCAACGUACUUACUAGUACGUAGAAGGGUAAAGGGUUGUGUGAAUGCUAGCCUCAGCAUAAGUGUAUUUGGCGAGUAUGUUCCUUGUAAGAGAAAUAUCAGCAGUACAGGGUUACUGAUUAUGGUGCAGUAAUGAAUGUGUGAUAAAUCGGGCAUCAUCUGUUUGCUGUGCUGAUACAACGGGAAUCAGUUCCGAUGAAAAACCUAACGGGCCGUUGGUAGACUAGUUCCGCGAAUUUCAGGUCACGAAUGUUUUCGGGAUGCGGUAGUGUUCGUUAGGCGAGUGCGUGGUCGCAACUCAAAAGACACUUAACAUAGAUUUAAGAGCUUGAAGAAACUCAUGAAUAUCCAAGAAAGACACUGAAUCAGGAGGAAGGCCCAGUUGGAUACAAAUUGGCUGACUGCUCAGAUUAUUAAGCAGUGAAAGAAUUUCAGAUAAGGAGGCAACAAGAACAUUUUAAAGUAAAAUGAAUACACAUCAGAGAAUGCUGCCACAGCAGUAUUGUUUGAGGUGGAAGUACCACCACAACAAUCUGCAAGUCAUGUUCAGCCAACUGCUAGAGCGUGAAAGUUUUUGCGAUGUGACCCUUGCAUGUGAGGGCCGAACUUUGCGUGCUCACAAGGUUGUGCUGUCAGCAUGUAGUACAUACUUCGAUACAAUAUUUUCUCAGUACGAAGAAAAGAAUCCUAUUGUGAUUUUGAAGGAUGUUAAGUUUGCAGAUAUACGAGCACUUGUUGAAUUUAUGUAUCGUGGAGAAAUCAACAUAGAUCAUUCCCAUUUGGCUAGUUUACUAAAAGCCGCAGAAGACUUGAGAAUUAAAGGCUUGGCAGAGGUUUCCUGGCGAUCUGAAACCCAAGCAAAUCAAUCUGUAGAGGAGAAUGUGAACAAUACUGACACCCGAUCAUCACAAAUGGACACAGUGGUUAGUGAUAAUGAAGUUGAACCACCACUGAAAAGGAGGAGAGGUCGUCCUCCCAUGGAUGCAAGCAGUCCUGUCUUCCAUCCAAAAGUGACAAGCGUGUCAAGUGUUGUCACCAAUGAAGCAACUUUUAGAGACAGAACUGGGACAUCUGAUGCAGAAAAUGAAACUUCAGCUUGGGAUGAAGCAGAAAAUGAGGUGAUUAAUUGUGAUACUUCAGCAGAAGCUACUCCAGCUGCAUCUUCAGUGAGUGUCCAAAGUUAUUCAACACUUCUCUCGCACCUCGCCAAGGGCACCCCGACCCCAUCACAGGAAAGUUUUGCUGAACCUGAGGAAAAAGAAAAGUUAAAGCCUACGUCAUACUCAGAUGGUGCACCAGUUACGACGACACCUUCAAGUGGCAUAACAAGUCAGAUAGCAGAGCAGUACAGGGAUGUCAUCAAAUUAAAUGACUACCUGACAACAGGAAGGCGGCAGCAGUUUUGGGAGGAGCCAUUCACAAGGCGGAUAAUGGAUGCUAUAAAGAGCAAAGAAUUGGAAAUGAAGACUGGUGCUGAAUUACUUGGUGUGUCGUACGGCACCUUGUAUGGGCGAUAUAGAGAUGCUUAUGGUUGUCUGAAACAUCCUUACCGUGUUAGAGAUUUCUGGUCAGAAUCUGGUCCUGCUGACGUUCUAGCUAAAGUGCAGAGGAAAGAAAUCACACUGUUUCGAGCAGCAGAGAUGUUAAAUGUGACAGUGACGACUCUUGCAAACUACCUUUCUACAUUGCGCCAGUAUGAAGGAGAUGAAAGCCUUGAUGAUGCAAGAGAUCACGAUGAUAUGUUUGGAGAUACAUAUAAAACACCAGUUAAGAAAUUUACGUCAGCUCUUGAAAAUAAUCCUGAUAUCACUAUUGUGAAACAGGAACCACCAGGGACAAUGAUGAACCAUGAACCGAUUGAUAAUGAUAGUGCCCUUCCUUCAGUUGGAACAAAUGAUGCAGACCAUUCCGACACAAAAACUGUUGGUAGCCAUCUACCAACAAAUGGAGUAGAUGACGAGGGAGGUGAAUAGAUAUUAACUGUUUGAUUCCUCAAGGCUCUAACAGUACAGAACAUUCCUGAAAUGAAAUCAGCUUCUUCAAAGAUGCCAUCACACCUUUUUUCUACAUUUUCUGAUAUUUGUAUGAAGAAAAUUGUAUUUACGUGAUGGUUACUCGGGAAUGUGGUACAAAUGGUUCUAAAUUGAUGUAGCCAUGUGACUGUAAUACAAGAAAUUACUGCUGUAUGAUAGAACUGGGAUAACUUUUUGAAGUCCAGUGGUUUUGUUUAUUUUUAUUGCAAUGGAUUUGACUGGCAGAUGUAAAACAUACAGAACUGGAUCCGCACUCCUCUUUUGUAUCUCAACACAGACUGAGAAAAGGGACACAUUUAUGUGAUGUGUGACUGGUAUUCAGAGUUUUGUGCAAUCAGUUGUUCUCUUUGUAGACUGCAAUGAACUGACUGUGUUAACAGCCAUGUUGUCUAUGAUUUGUAGACAGUCUCUUAAUUUUAUUUUAUUUUUUUUAUUUAUUUCUGUUUUGUACUGAGGAAUGUUUACUGACUAAAUGAUAUUGAAUGAAAUGAUCUAGCGAUAUUGUUGACAGAAUAUUUAAUGUUAAGGAAGAUAUGGUAAAAGCCUAUUAUAAUGCAGCUUUCUAUUUCUCACAGUGUGCAUUGUAAUAGACAGAUUUCAAUUAAAACUGAUGCCUUCAAAAUUAACCUAUUUGUAAGUCAUUUUCAUUCUUUCUUAAUUGUCCUUAGUUGCAUUUGUCUUGCUUGUGGUCAUAAGUUGCUUUUUGUAGUAUUUUGUUAUCCAGCAGGAGUAAUUAUUGUUUCAGUAUGGUGACACUCUUUAUCACUCAUUGGAAGUAAUACCACAGUGAGCAAAGGAAAUGUUGAACAGUCCGGCAAAGAGGUCACCAUAUUUGCAAAAUUAGUCAAGAACAGUUUCAUAAGUUCAAAACAAUUUAAGUUUGGCAAUAAAACAAGUACCAAAAUGUUGUUUGCACCACCAACAUCUAACUCGUACUUUUGAUACGAGUUGGCAGUUCUGAGGAAGAAAUGAAAACAUUAUUGCUGUGUUAUUUUAGGCUUGUACUGCAAGUCUGAAUUUGUCGUACUGAUUAUUAUUUCUAUUCCUGUGAUAUUUCUGGAAAUAACUCUUUCAAGCUGUUGUAAGGUGUAAUUAUCUUAUAUCUCACACCUAGAUUCGAUGGUACAUCAAGGUGCAAAAACCCACUUCUCGCAAUCACAGUAUCGUUACUUUGUUCGGAUGUUUAGUGUGCUACUAAAAGUUGGUUCGUAAUGUUACUAUUCAAUCAUUUACGUUGCUAUGUUCAUUUGUUGUUUGUAAAUGUAAUGGAUACAUGAGCAAGUGACAGUGUGUUAAAUAUUGUAGAAGGUAACAAUCUACACGUCUGGUGAUGUCACAACAAGCAAUCUUGCGUGCCAUCCCCAAGUUAUAGUAUUAUAUACAAAUACUGUAAUCUACAGAAGCUAAAACCAAUAAAAGAUAACUGUGCUGAUGUUACUUUGACAGACACUACCAUCAGAAUGACUACCACAACUACUUAUCUCAGUUGUUUAGAAGUAUCCUAUUGUUGCCAGAAAAUAAGAGAAUGUAUCAACUAAUAACCAUAAUACUCAGUGAGGUUUUUUGUUUUGAAUGCAAACCAUGAGAUGUCGCCAAAUGCAUAAGUAAAAUGAUAUUCCAGUAUUGUGAAAUUAGUUUUGGUUGAAGACAUGGCAGGUUUUCACUAAUCAGCUCAAUUCUGUGUAAUAUGCAUUAUUGUAGUGACAUAAUGUAUGAAGUUGCUGCUUGGGUAUUAAUCUUCAUUUACUUUGCCCAUUACUGUUGUUACAAAGCUUACAUUGUGGCUUUUGUAAGGCUUCAGUUUCCCAAAAUGAGCAAAUAGUCAGUUUGAACAUGAACGAUAAUUUUAAUUUCAUAUACUGGUCUGUGCCCUGAUGUAAACGACAGUUAGCAUAUUCAAUGUAUUAAUUUUCACUGUUGAAAAAUCUUGUCAUGUUUCUCUAUUUCAGCAGAGACAAACCAAAUUAAGCAAUGACAUCACCAAAUCAACCAGUAUUUUUGUAAUUGAGCAAACUGUUCAAAAAUAACAAAUUAGGAUAUGGCGGCCUUGGAUAAAGCACGGCGUUUGUCAGUAUAUAUAAAUGCUGUGAGUUAUUUUAUUACUGAAACUUAAGUAGUUUCUUUUCUGUAAACUGAAAGUGGAGGGGGAGAGAAAGGGAAGGAAAUAUUGAUGUCAGCUGCAUCGGGACUUUAAGCAGAAUCAGUGGCAACAAGUGAAAAUCUUUGUGGACUCUGCAUCUCCUGCUUAGUAGGCAGUUGUGUUAACCACUCUGCCAUCCGGACCCAGUGUUUAUUGCAAUUGCGCAGACUAUCUCCGCUGACCCACAGUCCCACAUAAUGCCACAUAGCCACAAUCACCGCCCGUGUCCUCCAUGCUUGCUACUUUGAGGUUCCCGCUGAAGGUAGAACGUAAUUGUGCAUCUGCACUGAAGGUGGUGGAUUUGUUGCCCAUUAAUGUGAAUCAAUUGUAUGAAUGUGUAGUAUCUGUUCUUUUCGAUGUGUUGGAUUCCAUAUGGUAUCUGUUAUUGCAGACCACACAUUCAAAUAAAUACGUUCUGUUAUGAAAUUGCCUCUACAAGAACACUCAGCCAUUAUGUACUGUACACAUGGCUUAUUUUAUAUUGAAUUAGCAGAAAACUGCUCAUUUUCCAUAUUGUUGUUGCUAUACCCCACUUUACUUUUUUGCUUUCUUUAAUCUCUUUAGAACAACUGCUGGAUAACAGUAUCUUUCCUUUUUCUUCAAUCACAAAACGUUUCCUGUCACUGUACCCAUCUCUCAUUAAGUUGGGAUGUAUCGAUUGGAGCAUUUUUAUUAUGCCAGUUCUCCUUCACUUCCAUCUUUAUUCAUCUCAGGUCCUAUUCUUCUAGAUGUCAUAACACUAAUUCACUCCUACAUCUCCCUUCCCAAUCAUGUGACUAGCAAACACUGCAUUUUUCAGUCAGAUUUCUCCUCAUACCAUCAACAUUCUUUAAUACAGAUCAUUUGAUGCUCAGUCUCAUUUUUUAUCUUCUCUGGCCUGUAUCUUCCCAAGCACUUACCUCUCUUUUUUUCUUCAGUUGUGCUGCACUGUGCCAGACUAAUGUUGUAAUCUCAAUUGCAUAUAAUUCUAUGUUGGGCUUUUUUGUCUAGUUGUGUCUUGCCUUUGCAUCUCAGUGACGAAGAGGUUGGCAGAAACUAGGCAGCCCAUCUAUGAAUUGGUUUCUUGCAUUUGUUUCAUUAUUUGCUACCUUCCAAUGUCUGAUCACUCUGUCAAGUGUGAUGUAGAACUUUUGUUGUUUAUCUUUGUAAGUAAAAGUCUGCCAGUACUGCUUUCUUUAUCUUCACACGUACCUUUGUCUUUCAUAUUUGAUUGGUACUUUGAGGUGGAAGUGCUCAUGGAGUGCUUUCAUCAAUUAUUUGGUCCUCAUUUAUGUAAGGAAAAUAUGAAAUUAUCAUAUUUGUAAAAUUUGAGUUUUUCACGCUAUUUAGAAACAUGCUGAGUAUUGAAUUAGUUUAAUAUAUGUGGCUAAUGAAAUCUCAGAACUCUCAUUUUUAACUUGUGCUAAAUAUCUUAUACUUUAUGUUGUAUACAGAUAUUUGUUUAAAAUUUGCUUAUGUAGGGUCUUAAAAGACUGCACUUGCUAGGAUAAUGGAUGUAUAGUAUUUAAAAGCUAUGGUUUUCUUCAUUAAUGUUUUGCUAACUUAUUCUAGUCAGUGUCAAGAAAGAAAAUCCUACUGUAUGCAUGUGUUUUAUGUAACUAUUCAUCAAUUUUUUUAUGGUGGAAAUAACACUGAUGUUCAUGGAUGUGAAACAGCAUACAAAUCAUCUACCUGAAGUUGCCAUGGUAUUCUGAGUUUUAGAAUCUUUCAAUUAACUAUCAGAAUGGGCAUUCCAUACUGUGAAAUCUGAUGGUUAAAUUAAGUGACUUUUCACAUUAAUUUACUGUACAGGGAACAUCAUAACCAUAAUUUUCCAUUAUAGUAUUUUUAGAGUGCUGCUGUGUAAACCAUUGAAAUAGCUUAUAUAACGAGAAAACACACACACACACACACACACACACACACACACACACACACACACACAAGUCAUUCACUCUAACUUCACUUCGAAGUGUUCUCAGCAAAAAAAAUUAGGUGUGUGGUAAUCUAACGGGGCAUUCACUCAGUACACUUGUACCGGUAACAGCAGUGAUUUUCUCUGUAUGUGGGCGCAUCUAUGGAGCUCUUCUCCAUAAUCUCACAGUACCUUGUAACACCAAACAGCUUAUGCAGAAACUAAAACACACCAAGUAAAGCAGUGGCCACCAUAAUAGUGUAUGGAAGCGAUGCAAAAAUAAGAAGAAAUAUGAUAUGGAAGUCUUCUGUUGGAAACCACAUAAGUGGGUUUACAAAAACAAACGGUUGCGAAAAGUGGGUUUUGAAACUAUUAGUUAUUUAUUUACUUGUAAUGUCAGUAUUUAUUAUAUCUCUUAUAUAAUUUAUAGAACCAUAAAUUAGUGUUAAAUGCAUUGCAGAUAUAAUCAGUAUAAACUUAUGAUUUUAUCUAGUACAUAAAGUAUGUUUUAGACAAUCGUAUUUACAUUUUGAUAUGUUUACACAGCCAUCUGACAAACAUAAGUGUUCAUGACAAUUUUUAUACUUUUUUUAUGUCAGGUUUUCUGUUGUGGCAUUUUAAAGACAUAGCAAGGACCAAAGAACUGACAGAAUAAUUUUUGAGAUAUAGACUGAACCAUGAUCAAAGUAUUUAGUUUGUGUGCAUUGUAUUGUGUAGUAUUUUCACAGAGCAGUGUGAUCUUUGUGUUUGUGGCAAUGUGUUUUUGAACCUUGUUUUGUAGGUUCAGACUGCAGCAGAAGCAGUGUAUGCAUAUCAAAAUGAUAUGAGAAAAUUUAUUUAUGUAUUUUUACCUGUUGCUGUGGAUAAUUUGGCCCAAGUUUUCUUAAAUAAUUUUUGUUUUGUGCUUCACAUUUUUUCCAUUAUAUAUGAACUCAUUUUUCAUUUAAAUGUACAGGAAUCUAGAAUUGGUUUGUAAUUAAAGAUAAUUGUCUGUAUACACACUGUGAAACAAUCCUUGUAUGUACAUUUUUCAUUGGGGUCUUAUUUUAGAGAUUUUCCUUGGUUCUCUUAGUUUUGGUAGAGAAUUAUCAGGUCUUCAUUUAGUGGAUACCAGUGCCUCAUGCAAAGAAACAUAAAUUAAUACAAUCACUUUUCUAAAAAGGUAAUUGUGCUACAUUUGCAUCAUCUGUAACCAAAUAUGUAACUGACAUAGCUAUGAAGAUACAUUAUUAAGAAUAUAUAUAUAUAUGUAUACAUACAUGUAAAAUUCAAUUACAAAUAUAUGAAUGUGUAUUAGAAGGGAAAAAAGAGAGGAAAACACUCACACAAAGUUCCUAUAUCAGAAUAUAAUUCUUGCUAAUUUUUAUAUCUCAGUAUUUGAGCAACAUUAUAAAAAGGAAAUGUAGCUGUGUAUCAAUUUGAUGAAACAACUUUUUACUUUAGCAUUAAUAUUAAUGCUUAGGUGUUUGUUGUAGAGCAUCUGUUUUGAAUUGAGGCAAAAAGAGGAAGAUUAAGCUAUUUAUCCUCAAAAUAUUCUAAAUGGUUGAUAACUGAGAGGAAAGUACACUUUAUACGUACUAAACCUAUUUCGGAGAUUCAUUUCAGUUCUCAUCAUUUGUACAUCACCCAACACUGUUAGCAGUUUACCUCAACUUUUGUGUUGUAGCUAUUGUUCUUGUUUAUUUAUGUUGUAAGCAAUUCUGUAGUUUAUUUUCAUUUGUAAGUGCAUAUUGUAAGUUUAAUGUACUUCCUUUGCCGAGAUAUUGUCACAAUUGUAUGAAAGUUUCACAGUUGUUUUUAAACUAAAUGGGGAAAUUUACAGGUGAAACACACACAUGAACAUUUUUCUUAUGUUCUGAUUUAAUGUCCAUGCAAUAUGCGUUUUAUCACUUAUGUAAUAAAAUGCUGCAAACUGAAUCCAAUAAGCAGUUGAACAGUGGUGGUUUGUGCAAAGCAGAAUUCUGAAAUUGAGGUUACUCUGGAAGUUGGUUCUUUAUUUCUGCCAUUGAGAUUAUGUAAACUGCAGCUGCAGUUACCAUUUCUUCACCUCUCACUUUCACUCAUCUCUAGUGCAAUGUGCUCUGAUUAAGUACAUCACUUUCAUUCUUUAUUUUAGUUAUGAGUCAGGUUUUUUUUUUUUUUUUUUUUUUUUUCCCCCUCGAUCAUUGAACACUGACAUGCCUUUUUUACAGAUUCAAAUAUAAUUUCCACAUUUUGUUAUUUUUCUGGUGUAGUACUGUUUUAUGUUAAGUCAUUUGGUUGUUCUUGGCUCUGUAGAGAUUCUGAGGCCACCACAGUGACAGCAAGAAUUGUGACAGAGUGUAAGAAACUUAAUGAAAUAAUUAGAAACUACUCCAGUCAUAGGGCAAGAAAUUAUCUUAGGUGCACUCUGUAAAGAAAAGUAACUUUAGGAAAGUUGCUGUUGGUCAGCAACUGUAUAAAUAGAUAGCUGCUUAAAGAGUUUCAUUACUCAGAUUUCUGAUAGUUUAAAUGCAUGAAAACUGAAAAAUAUUAGUUCAUUGCUUUUCCAAUUGUUUGUUUAAUUGAGAAAUAACUGUUAUGACAGCAGCUGUUUUUUAUUCUGCUUUUGUAGCUACCCACAAGUGGUUUUCAAACAUUAUUUCUGCAUUUAACUUCCUAAGAUAUAUUUUAGGUUACUGAAUAUGCAGCUGCAGUUUACGAGAAAAAAAAAAUAAAUUUGUGGUUGCUUAUUUUUCUCAGAAUAUUAUUCUUAUUAGUUUAUAUUGCUGAAAAAAAUUACAAGUUAGGCCUCUGCCUGUUAAUAUAAUAUGCAAGUGAAUCUCUUGCAAAUUCUUAUAGUGAAAAAUAUCAGACAGAAGUAGGUUUCAUUUGAUUUAAAAACACAACUUAUGCCAUCUUCUAGAUAUCUAUUGUAAUACUUCAUUUGUAUACUCACAAUUCUUUUUUUAUUUCAUACACAAUCACAGAUAAUUGAUUUGUCAGUUUAUCAGGUUAUGACCAUUUGAAAUGAGAGUAUAUCACAAUAUAUUUCGAGACUAGAAAAGAUACAACAAAUUCAUGGAGUGAUUUGAAAGCUGAAAUCCUGUGUGUCAUUACACUUACCUACUUAAAAUAGAUAUUUAUAUUGGUGUCAGUGUACAGUCAGCAGAGGUACCUUAACUUCUGUAUUUGUAACUUUGUGACCAGUAUAGUAAAUGUUUUUGUGCAUUUAUUGUUCACGGGGGUGAUUUGAUAUUUUUUAGCCAGGUUUUAAAUUUCUGUCUGAUGUACCCCACUUAAGAAAUAAACUUUUGGGGGUGAACCAAACACCUUGAACAGCCAUGCAUGUGUGCUUCAGUUCUUUACCAGUGUUGGUGUAGGACAUGUGAACGAAUCUCAGUCUUUAAGAUAUGUGUAUCUUUCAGUCUUUUGAUAUGAAUAUAUAUGCUGUACUUGCUGUUGGGGAUUCUUUCCUACACAUGAUUUCGCCAUUUCAUGACAAGUAGGAAAGCUUGUGUAAUUGCACAUAUUACAUUUUGUUUCGAUAUAAAAUGAAGAUGAUAGUUUUGAACAGCAUUUUGCUAGUGUGUUAGGGAGAAACUAUUUUUAAUGAUCUCAUAUUUUAUCAAAUGCAAAAUUUAUUAUCCAUAUGUAGCUUUAUUAACAUAAUUUAUUCUCCAGGAGACUGAUAAAUGUUUUUUGUCACAUGUGUUUGUGUGUGUGUGUGUGUGUGUGUGUGUGUGUGUGUGUGUGUGUGUGUGUGUGUGUGUGUGUGUGUUACCACCAUUCUUUUAUUGCAUGGCAACAUAUUGACACCUAUAUAAAGAUGUUCUAGCAAAUUACUUGAUUUUCAUACGUGUGUUGCUCAUACAGUCUUGAAAGAUUUGAAAUUGUAGUGCCAUCAUUUUCCAAGGGGAUUGUAUUCCAUUGAUACUAUUCCUAAUUUUAUUUUGAACAGAUGGUAUUACAUAAGUUACUUUUUAAAAAUAUUAUUUUUGUUGGACAUCUUGAUUCAAUUAGUGAAGUUUUGCGAGAUCAUUGAACUGAAAGCAUUUAAAGUGAUUGCAUUAUUUUUUUCUAUAGAUGUAAAUCUAGCAUUUUUUCUUGGUUUUCUGUUAUAGCAUUUUUUCAGUUCAUGACAGAUUAUUAUAUAAGUGUAGCGAUUGUUUCAUCAGGUUUUUGCCUUUUGUGUAACUCAAAAUUCUUUUGUCAGGAAGAGUGUGAAAUUUCAUGAAUGAUAAAAAUAGUGUUUCAUUCCAUGGUUCUGUAUUGCACAAUGAUCACUUUAAUUCUGACCAGUAUAAAGUUAAACAUACAGGAAAUAUUACAUUCACUGGCAAAUAAUACAAGUAACUUUCAUGUUUCUCAGACAUUAUACACAAGAUAUCAUUUUAAAUAGUCUGUCGUGAAAUUGUUUUUCACACAACUGCACUAAAAUGAUGAUAUGAGUAUUUCUCACAACAGCUGCUGCUAUUAUACAGCUACAAAAACUUUCAUCAUUAUUGAAGAAUUAAAUUUUAUUUGCUUUAUGGAACUAUUUUUAUGAUGAUUAAUCUUAUGAAGUAGCGCAUUCUUCUGGAUAAUAAUAGAAAUUAAAUUCAAAACUUGUAGUAUGAUUGUGUCUCCUUUAUACACUGUAUACUGUUCCCUGUUUUUCAGGAUGCUGUAGUACAAGAAUUGAUGCUGUUCUGGGAAGGGGAAAAGGGGGUAUUAAGAUAAAGUUCCAAUUUGAAACUUGGUUAUCUCUGUGUUUCAGUCACUUUUUACUGUGGUAUGAAUUGUGUUUCGUUUCAUAAUAAAUACCUCUUCCACAGGUACUCAUUACCAUCCAGUUCUGUUUCAUGUGUAUAUCAUCAUCAUGCAUUGAGUGUAGCAGAAUCACUUAAUAAUUUCAACAAGGUGGAUUCUGCCAUGUAAACAUCUUUAAUGUUCCGUGAUUCAUUUACUUCUAUAAUUUGAUGUUACAAUCAAUUUGCUACGACUGUUAUAAGGCAGUAACACAUUCUAAAAUAACCAAACACUGAUGAAUUCAUGUCAUAUAAAACUUUUUACCACCUGAUACAGCAAGGUGAAGAAUUACUUUCUUCAAAUAUGAAAGGGUUUUUGUAACAUGCACACUUUUACUUAUGGAUGUUAACUUUGUAAAGUCUCGUGACUCUUUCCUCAAAAUGUUACAUCUAACAUCUGACUGUGGGAAUUAAAAUUACGGUAAAUGCACAGUUUCUUCAAGAUCUGAAUAGGUGUGGCAAACCCGUCUCUCAUUAAUGUAAGGUACAGUAAAAGGAAGAAAAUCUGAAAGAAGUUAUAUCUUCAUUAUUCCUGUCACCUUUUAUGACUGUAGGAAAUAAGAAAUUUAUAUUGUGCAUAAAAACUGAUAUAUGUUGAGAAGUUUAUUAUAACCUACUUGUUUCGCAGCCCUGUACAUUUGAAGGAAAAGUAUAUCAUUAUAGAUGUUUGCUAAUAAGACACAUACAGGAUAUUUCAGAAUAUAAAUGGAUAAUGAAUAUCAAAAUAUUUGAAUAUAUUAUUGUUAUUAAUUUUCAUAUGUAGCACAUAGUUUGCAGUAGAAAAUUGUUUUUGAUUUUAUUUCUUACGGACUGAUUUGUUUUGGUGACAAUUUCUUCAGAUGAAUAAAUGUGGAAUUGUUGUUGUGCGAUAUAAAGUGUCUCCCUACUGUUUAUCACACCUUUUUGUUUCUUAGUGAACUUAGACAUCAGGAGGGCAGGAUCCUGAUUCAGCCAACCUAUUUCAGUAUAUCAUUGCCUGAGUAAAAGGAAUACUUUUACACGGAAAAAAUGGAUACAAUAACAGUACAUUUCUGUAAUUUACGAUAUUCUGACCUUUUUAAGCCACCCUUGUUCAUAAUACUGAUCUAAAAUACAUUCUGCAUACAUGGUUGUGUUCUGAUAUUAAUUUGAAAUUGGCAAAAUGUUAGUGUUUUAUUGCUUUAGUAUUCUUAGAAUAAGUGAUUGUGCUGAGCUUGAAACAUAUCUUGAAUAUUUGAAGCAUAUUUUGAAUUACAGUAAAUAUACUUCUUCUCUUGCCAAAAACUUAUUAAAUAAAGAGGCUAAAUUAAAAUCUGGGCUAACUUAAAACUAAAAUAUUUUACUUUGAGUGUUAGAAUGCACAAAUGAAAACUAGUCUAUUCUGUUAAUGAGAAACAAACCAACCCAAUGCUAGGCUUUGUGUGUUUCUUCUGUUUAAAAGAAAAACCCUAAAGAAGGGGACAUGCAAAUAUGUAUGAAAACAUACUCAGAACACUUACAUAGUCGUAAUUAUUCUUGUUUCAUUGUCCUCUCUAGAAAGGUGAUAUUUUCAUUUGAUCAUCUGUUGUCAGAGUUUCUUUUUUUGUACUUCCAUUGAUGUUUCAUAUUUUUAAACUAAGUUUUAAAUCAAUGUGUAUUAUAUCACUGUUUUGGAAUCAUAAGGAACGAGUGACCUUUCCUGGUUAAAAACGUGCAUGUAUGCUCUAUUAUAAUGACAUGCUAUGAACUAUAUCUGCCCACCGAUAUAUCUUGUCCUUUUAGAAUGAAAUGAUUUUGAAUUGUAUUUGAAAAUAAUUUCUGGCCAAGCUAUUCAGAAUUCUCUAAAGACUGUGUUUUAUUAGCCGUUUAUAAUUUUUGUUGUUACUAUUUUGAUUGGAUUGGAGUGACAGUAUUCAAAGUUCUGAGUUUACAUAUUGAUUCAGUAAUUGUUUGGAUUGUAGUUGAAAUGUUCUGCUUCUUGCAUGAAAAACCAAUUGCCUAUCUGUCAGUUAUCUCUCUGGCUGUGAUGUACUGUUGUAGACACCAUGUUGCUUGUAGGAAACAUUAAAAUCUGCUACUUGCAAUACUUUUUGAACUGGUGUUUGUUAUUUUUGUGAUGAUACAUACUUUGUCUUUUCUUUAUGAUAUUAUUGGAGGUUAGGUUCUCAAAUAAUUUAGAAUGUGUUUUCAGAGAAUCACAGUGUAUGUUAUUGUGUUUAUUGCCAUUAAUCAUUCACACUCUUAUCUGUUCAUUCAGUGCUUGAAAAUUUAAGGAUGCAACCAUAAUAAAUUUGUUAUAAUAUUUGCAUUUGUGGUGGUGUCACAUUGUAGUGUGUAUACAGGAGAUACGUAAAUGUGAAGUGCAGUUGUUACAGUUAGCAGUUUGUGUGAGAAUGUUUCUGCAGAAAGAUAUUGCAUGAUACUUAAAUACAUACAGCAGGUGCACUGUUGAUUUGAACAAUACGUAUUACUACCUGACAGUGAUGGUUCCAAAGAUCUGUUCUUAUUGAAUAUCAAACCAGAUAUGCUCAUUUUCAUUUCAAAGUCAUCGUGCAUUAUGUCGAAGAAAAAUGAUAUAUGCUGUCAGAUGUAAAAAGCAUUAACACAUGCCAGCCCCACAUUUUCAUAUACCAUGAAUGAUAUAUGAAAUCUGCUAGAUAAAUUUUAUAAGUACUGUUAAGUUGCUGUUUGAAUCAUUUUGCAACCUUGUUUGUUGUUAAUUUUAUGUUUAUUCCAAGGCAAAUAUUUAGUUUAUAGUACCAUUUCCAGAAUGAGAUUUUCACUCUGCAGCGGAGUGUGCGCUGAUAUGAAACUUCCUGGCAGAUUAAAGCUGUGUGCCGGACCAAGACUUGAACUUGGGACCUUUGCCUUUCACGGGCAAGUGCUCUACCAACUGAGCCACCCAAGCACGACUCACACCCAGUCCUGACAGCUUUACUUCUACCAGUACCUCAUCUCCUAUCUUCCAAACUUUACUGAAGCUCUCCUGCGAAGGACGGGGUGUGAGUCGUGCUUGGGUGGCUCAGUUGGUAGAGCACUUGCCCGUGAAAGGCAAAGGUCCCGAGUUUGAGUCUCGGUCCGGCACACAGUUUUAAUCUGCCAGGAAGUUUCUUAUAGUAUCCUUUGUUCAAGAUAUGUUACUAACAAGUUCAGUUUCAUGUUUUCCCACCUCCUAUCAUCAUGCAUUGACUACAAGAGAUGCAGUAUAAUUUACAGUGAAACAGAAUUGUAGAGGUUAUUAACACUAAAUACUGCUAUGCAGGAGAUUGUGUAGACCAUUUGCUAUUCAUUGAAUGCUGAGUGAAAGAACAUCUGUGGCAGUGCAAGAAGCUUGAUUUGGGUAUUCCUAGAAUUCAGGUGUUUCCAUUACUUAGUGAUUUUUACGUUUUUGUUUGAAUGAAAAUGCUCUUUCUUGACUGUCAUAGUGCAUAGCACAUAAUAAAUUGUUGAAAUGGUUCUGUGUUCUCAGAAUAAAAUUAUUGUGGUUGUUCCAGUAACAUCACAAUGUAAAUUGACAAAGAUUAUAAAAUUGUAAGUUGUAAGUACAUGCCUGUGUUCAACAGAAACUUAUGGUUAAACUGUAGGGGCUCCAUUAAAAAAAAAAGCUGGUCAAAUACCAGAAUUAUACCACAGUCUGACAUAUACAGUAAUGACACUGCUGUGAAAAUUGUUACUCUCAGAUAGUCAAAAUGACGUUAGUGCUUCAAUUAUAUAAGCUGAAUCUUACUCAUGAAGGAAUACUUUCAAAUAUGUGUAUAACAGCAGCCUGCUCCACUAAAAACAAGGGGAUAUAAACAUACAUUUGAUCUGUGAGAAGCAUACAUUUCUGCUUUUGUUCUUGACACAAAACAGUUUUUUAUGGAGUCUAAUGAUUCUUACGUUCUUACACAUCACCCAACUCUAAUACAAAUAUUUUUGUAAAUGUAAUUAUUUUGCUUCAAAGGCAAAUAUGUUGAUUCUUGCUGUUUGUGCCUCAGAUUUAGCAACAGUUAUGGAAUUGGUUUCUCCUGUGGUGGGAACCACUUUUAUUCUCACAUCUGUGUGGUUUUUCCUGCAGCUACAAUUGUGGUGGCUUAUUUGGUAUGAUAAAUAAUAUAGGUCUUACAUUCCAUACAAGUUUCCUGCAUUCCACAUUCACUGAUUUGACUGGAAAUGUAUUGAAGAAAACUGCACACUGUUGGAAAAAAAGAAAACUAUGUUCUUCAGUAAAUAUCUGUACUGUACAUUACAAGAGAACUGCAGAUAAACUUACCUGUAAUGUACCGUUUCAUACGUCCCUGGGACCUUCAGAAACUAAAGAAAAACAAAUCUUGUGUCAUUUCUUAAUUAGUGCUGAUUGUUAUUGCACUGCAUGUGUCCUCUAUUGUAAAAUUCUAGUUACAAAUCAGUAUAAGUGAUACUGUUCACACUCAUACCGUAUUAUAUUCAGAAGUGUAGCGUUCUGUCUACCUUGAGAGCUGCCAUUGUAGUAUAUAACAAGCAUGAGUUGGGAGUGUUGUGACUGUAUGUGUUAGACUCUGAUUAUACUAAAAUAUAAUUACUUGUAUAUCACUGGAGUAUGACUACCCACGUACAUUUUGUUGUCACAAGAAUAAUAACCUGAUACAUUAAUAUUACAUCACAGGUUAGAAAUUUCUGCAUCCAUACCUCUUCAUGCGUGUAUUUCCACUCCUUUUGUACUGUAUCAAAAGGAACUCAUCUGUUACAGAAUGUAGAGACCUAACAUUUGGAGAUGUCUGGCAUAUCUUAAAUAUUCCUAUAAUGAGUGCAGCAACCUUUCCUUCCUCCAUGAUCCAAAACUUUUAGUUAAGUUACUGCAUUUUACAACUAGGUGUACUAAUAUUGCUACAAAGUGUGUACCACAUACAAUUAUUUUCAUGCUUCUACAAAUGUAAGAAUUAAAAAUGUAACUUAUGGCUACUGUAAAGCCACACAGGAAAUAUAACCUCUUCAUUUUUUUUACUUCACUUGCUAACUGAAAUGUGUGAUUUUGCUCUUUUAAUAAGCAGAAUCCUACUUCUAUUUGUUGUAUAACAAGAAGUAUGAAUUUCACACGUCCGGUUUUCGUUAGCAGUGUGGUUACAUGACGUGUGCUGGAACUGACACACUUCUGGGGUGCUUCCUGGAAUUGACACUACAGUAAAUUUGGAUAAUUCUUCACCACUUGAAUGAGGUUCAGUUUUUUCCCAAAAUGGUGUCAAUCAUAAUUUCACUGUGGAAUAAUAAUUUUAUUGGAAAUCAAAGAUCUAUGAUUUACAUAAAACUUAACACUAUUUUGCACCAUUAAUAUAAAUGUUCACAAUCUGGUUUUGCUUAAGAGAACUGUGGCACAAGAAGUUGUGAUAUAACAAAUUACUUUGUUUAAUAUAUGUCACUGUUCACUUAUUAACUGGUGAAUUCUCAUCUAUGUUGGAUGUCACAAAAACAUAUUUUUGUAAGUUAUUUUCUUGUUUGAAACACACCAAGUGCUUCAAUAUUGAAAUGCCUUACCCACUUUGCCAUAUUUACCAUUGCAGACAUUUCCAUGAUGUGCAACAGCACAAAAACUUUCACACAAAUCAGUACUUGAGUUCCUUUGAAACAUUUGCCUUAGAUGUUGUAUAUAAUGUACUUCAUGCUAAAUUUGCCUUUAUUGUUAUUUGUAUAUAUCAAAAGGACAGUUUUUAACACAUGUACUAUGCUUGUGUGAUCAUUGCAGUUUUGUGCUUUCGAAAAUAAAUCCAAUUCAAAUGGAGUAUGCUAUGGAAGUUUGUAUGGAAGAAUUGUUAUGCAGAAUAAUCUGUGUUAGUGUAGUUUGUUAUUGUUAAUGCUUGAGUCAAGAUAAGCCCAGUAUAUCAUUUAAAAAUGUAAGACUAUUAAAUACCAAAUAUACUUAAAAUGUUUCAGUAUAUUUUGUAUACAAUAGAUUUAGGACCACAUAUCAUAUAUUUGACCUUAGACUUAGGUUAGUAUGUUGCCUGACAAUUUCAUCGAUAUGUAUCUGAUUAUACAGUCUGACUGUUGGAAAAUUUUGAAUUGUGUAAUUUUCGUAACAGGUGGAAAUUAAGUGCAAUGAGUUUAUUGUUUUUCUUUUUCAGUUAUUGUUUCCAUUACAAAACAAGGUUUUUGUUAGUUAUGAAUGAAUAUUAUUUGACGAUAUUUUCAUAUAUCCACAUGUUCUAAUGAAUGUUUUUCUGUAAUUGGGAUUGUUUUACUGCGGCUGUUAUAAAUGGAAAGUGAUAUUUAUACUUUGUUGUGGAAUGACUGGGCUUGAUAUGUUUUAAUAUGCCAUAGUACAUAUAUCUACAUAAAUAUGCAUUUUGUCGUAGAUAAUAGUGAGGGGUUAUGGCUAUUCCAUUAUUUUGAUAAGAGUGUAGCCUGUUUGGCCCUUAAAACAAAAUAAAAAUAAAAUUAAUAGAA